UAACCAUUUCAUUGUAAAAUACGUUUUUAAAUAACGCAUAUAAUCAUUUUUUGUGUAAAUUCUCCAUAAUUUUUGAGCCAAUUUUAUAUAAUGUGAUUUGUAGCUUAUUAGCAAAAUUGCCAGUGUUUUUUCUCCCCUGCUUGAUCGUAGCCACAGUCGCUAUGCAGUCAGCUGUAAGAAAAGCUCAAGUGGAUUAAAACCCUCAUCAAGAUGCAUGUGCUACUUCUGAAAGAGCCAAGAGAUGGAGACUCUGGACCUGAUCCUUACAUCAAGGAGUUGGCGUCACAUGGACACAAAGCAACCCUAAUCCCUGUGUUGUCUUUCAAGUUCGUGUCGCUGAACACCUUGUCAGAUAAGCUUUUCCAGCCCGACAAACACGGAGGUCUCAUUUUUACCAGUCCAAGAGCAGUGGAGGCUGCAAAGAUGUGCUUAGAGGCAGAAGAGAGAAGGGAAGAAUGGAACAAUUCCAUUAAAGAGAAAUGGAACGCCAAAUCCAUUUAUGUGGUUGGGAAGGCCACUGCAGCAUUAGUACGAAAUCUAGGUCUGAAUCCUCUGGGCGAGGACACCGGCACAGCAGAAGUUCUGUCACGUCUCAUCCUUGAACGAGAGGACACAAAUAUUUUACCGCUUUUCUUCCCCUGUGGCUCGAUCAAAAGAGAGGUUUUGCCCACGGCUUUGAGGGAAAAUGGAGUGCCCCUCGAGACGCUGACUGUCUAUCAAACGGCUGAACAUCCAGAUCUGGAGAAGAAUCUAAAGAACUUCUUCAAAGAGCAGGGCACCCCAGCCAGCGUAGCUUUCUUCAGUCCAUCAGGAGUGAAGUUUUGCCUUGAAGUGGUGCGAAGGCUGUCGGGUGAUCAGCUCACUCAGAUAAAGUUUGCAGCAAUAGGACCUACUACAGAAGAAGCUAUGACAGCAGAAGGUCUGUGUGUCAGCUGCGCCGCACAGAAGCCAACAGCUGAACACCUGGCAGCAGCGAUAGCUAAGGCUCUACAGUAGCAGAACAUUAUCAAAUCCAUCCACUGUCUGCUUUGUCUCAGUAUAUUCUGCACCGUCUAUUCAUAUUUUAUCUGCGUUUUAAUUUCCUGGCUUUUGUUACUACCUUUGUGUUUGUUUUGCACUGUGAAAUUACACAAUUGCUUUGGUUUUGCUUGUAUUUGGCAAGGCAUUUUCCAAGAUGUGAAUGUUUUAAAUGAAUGUAAAUCCAUUUGGUGGCAUAUUUAUGUUGAGCUUGUUUGAGAAAGCUAAUGUACAGUUUAUUUUUGGAAAUAAAUCUCAUGCAGUGAGUUGACGCGG